AUGGCGUCUUCUCCCACCCACUCCGACACAGAGAAGCCCAGUACGAGCGCCAUCGAAAAUGGAAUUCACGAUCCGCUGCACUCCAGGGAGAGGGAGAACAAGCUUCUACGCAAGAUGGACAUCCGGCUGAUCCCUAUGCUAGCACUUUUAUAUUUGCUGGCCUUUCUCGAUCGUGGAAACAUCGGCAAUGCAAAAAUCGAAGGAAUGUUGACUGAUUUGCACAUGACAGGACAGCAAUACAGCCUCGCUCACAUUGAUGGGAAUCGUACAGAACUAUCAUGGCCUGCUGAUAUGCCGUCUUUUUUUGGGCGUGGCUGUAUUUACCACACAGAGGCUGGUCUCUAUCCUGGAAUUGCCUAUUAUAUCACCCUGUGGUAUCCCCGUGACCGUGCUCAAUAUCGUCAGGCUCUGUUCUUCAGUGCGGCCAGUGUCGCUGGUGCCUUUUCCGGCCUUUUAGCGUAUGGAAUUGCUAAAAUGAACGGUGUCGGCGGAUAUGCUGGCUGGCGUUGGAUCUUCAUUCUGGAGGGUCUCUUAACAGUUGUAGUCUCACUCAUCGCACCAUUUGCAAUUCACGACUUCCCGGAGACCGCAAAAUUUCUUACCGAAGAGGAGAGAGAACUUGUUAUUACCAUGCUGCGUAACCAGACGACCAAUGAAGGAUACGUCAAUUCUGAUGCCAUUCAAGAAGAGUCCAAGUUUCGAGCCCGCUACGUGAUCGAUGCCUUAACCGAUUGGCAGAUUUAUCUAGGCUUGUUCAUGUACUGGGGUAUCACUUGUCCACUAUACGGCAUCUCUUUUUUUCUUCCUUCCAUCAUCAAAGACUUGGGUUACACCUCAUCCACAGCACAGCUACUCACAGUGCCCAUCUACAUCACUGCCGCUAUAGUCGCUAUUGGCGCUGCCUGGCUAUCCGAUCGCAGAAAACAGCGAUCUCCGUUCAUUCUGUUUUUCAUGUCGCUAAUUGCCAUCGGCUUCAUCAUCGUGAUUGCCUCCUCAGGACGUGGAGUUCCGGGUGUUGUCUACUUGGGAGUCUUUAUCGCAGUUGUUGGUAUCUAUCCUGCUUUUCCCGGCAACGUCACGUGGAUCGCAGUCAAUCUCGCUGGAGACUACAAACGAGCUGCUGGGAUGGCAUUGCACAUUGGUUUGGGUAACAUGGCUGGAGCAAUGGCAUCCAACUUCUACCGUGGACAGGAUGCGCCCAAAUACAUUCUCGGCCAUGCCUUGGAGCUCGGAUUUUGCAUCGCUGGGAUAAUUGCCGUGCUUAUUUUACGCCGGUCAUACCAGACUAUCAACCGUCGGCGUGAUCAGAUGGACGUAUCUCAAUAUGAUGCCAGCCAAAUGGCGCAGAUGGGCGAUCGGUCGCCCUUGUUCAGUAAACGAAAAUAUGAUGUCCUCAGAGACGUUGUCGAGACUGGAUCAACUUCACCAGAAGCGCUCGCAACCCCGGAAACUCCGGUCGAUCACAGACGCUCGGUUGAGAAUCGUAACAUGUACUCCAUGCCAUCCUCGAUGGAGAGGCAAAACCCUCCAUCGAUAGCCGAUGACACCCAUGAAUGGCUGCGAGAAAUUUAUGAGGGCAUCUUUGAAGAUGUUUUUGGAUCCUGGCUGGGGAAUUAUAGCUGUCCUUAUAUUUUUCGUGACAAUGGCCGACAGGGUCCACAGCAAUUAGCUUUGUCUGUUAGCCUUUCUAGACUUUGCCAGGAGUGCGACUACUGGAUGAAAAGAGUGCAGGGCCAGGGAAUCAAUCUGCCGUCUGAGGGAGGGGAAUCUCCUGGCGAGAUUGAUAUCGACCGACAGAUUAAUCAUUCCUUGUCAUGCGCAGUGUCUGCAUUUUCCGCUCGAUGGCUGACUCUUAAAGGAUUGUCAACAUCGAGCGAAGCUUCGGUCAUGGACACCGUUGAGAGCCUCUGGAGAGAAGUAAGACGUGACAUUCUUCGAGUUAUCAAUCGUCCUUGUUAUCGUUCAGCGUUAACAUUGUUUUUAUUUGCACUCACACCAAUUCCAGCUCGUGUGUCCGAAGAAGAAGAAAAAGACGGUAUUCCAGCGCAGUUUUGCGUCCAGGUAGCCUUGCAACAGGUACUCACAUUGCGUGCACAACAAAAAAGCCUAGAAUUCAACGGAUCUAAGGUCAGUUCGAUCUCAUCAUCGGCACUGUCAAAUACAACCACCAGCCCAGCACCAGUAACAAGAGAUUUUCUGAGUAUCGAAAGCAUGAUCUAUUGGGCAGCAAUGACUUUUGAUACCUCAUCAUCACUUACGUUAAAUACCAAAUCCCUGUUAUCGCCGGGAUUGAGUCCCGGCUUGGAUCAAGAGCCAUCAUGGCGACUCGUUCGCACUUGCACCAAUGUUUUCCACGAAGAAACUGAAGCCUGGAGAGCACAAGGGAUUCAUAUCACCGAAGAAAGAGCCAAUCAAAUCAUUGCGUCAGCGGCUUCGUGGAAACUAUUCGUGUGGAAAGCCGCGGCGUUGGUCAAAGAAGCUCUCCGAGAGGGCAGGGAAGAGGAAACAGUCCAAAUGGCUUUUGAUACAGCAGUGGAUGCAAUCAAUCAAUACAGCCUUACCUACCAUGACUUAUUAGCAGCAUGUGAGCGCCGAAUUCAGUUUUUUGGCCACAAAACGAAGCUCCGUUGGUAUGAGCUCCUACUACACUAUAAUCUCAGCAUACUGAUUAUGCUGGACGCGGUGGAAAUUGCCGGUCGCACGGAUCUGUUGGAAAAGUUGAAAGUUGUCAAAGCCGAUGCGGAAGGAACCUUAUUCAAUUGCCUCAUAUUCGGACUGAGUAAUCACUAUUUUCUUCCUCGAGAGAACAGACCAAUGAGGGAAGCUCAGUAUAGUAUACAACGCGAUGAAGAUACUGAGAAAGCAGUAGCACAUUCGACAAGGAAGGUGCCCUUGAUUGCUGUCGACCCUUAUCCUCACCAUGUUGUUGCCGGGGUGCGAAUUCUUUGGAAGGCUGUCGAAAGAGAUCUUGAAAACGGCUGGCUCGAUCAUGGUGUCGCGGAGCACAUGCAAGAUACAAUGCUCAAUGCGUUGAGAUUGCUUCCACAGGCAUCCAAAUCUGUGAGGACAGCGAGACAGCAAGCGGAAGCAUCUUUUCUUCGAUAUCGGUAUGAUUUGAACUCAUAA